AUGAAUUAUGCGGUCGUCUCCCCAGACUCUACCAUUCUGGCUGCGGUUGGUGAUGAAACCCGCGCGUAUUUCUAUGAUGUUACCCGAGAUUUCAAUACAACCGUCCUGACAGAAAGUGGCGAAAAACUUACGGGCUGGAACUGGGACCCUCUCCGCUCCAUUGAAAUGGACAUCGGCACUCGGAUCGACGAUGGUUGCUGCUUUACUAUUGCAUUCUCUCAAUUUAGUCGACUGUGCGCCAUUGGAUCUCAAUCCGGGGUUAUUACUGUUUUUGAUGUCAAAACGCUUCGGGACAUUACCCACGAACCAAAUGAGAAGAGCUCAAUAAUAUGUCAGUUUAAUUCUUCGAGACUUUGUUGCAAUGGCGGUGCUGUGCGCUGUAUGGCUUUUGCACCCGAGCCUUGGGACCUUUUGGUGUGGCUUGAAGACAAGGGCCGAGCCGGAAUUGCAGAUGUUCGCCAGGGUUUUCUGCGCAGGCAGAUCAUUCAUCUGGACAAAGAUGAUCCCGAGAUAGAGGAAGUUCGUACUGACCCUAUCUUGGACGAUUCGGUGGGCUUGGAACUUGAAAUUGAUGGUCGGUUUAGCCCAGGAUCCGGCGCAGAUGCAGGACAGCGGACCACCUUGGGAUCCAUUGACACUCCGCCAAAUGAGUUUGGUGGGGAGGCGUCCGAAAAUCCGCCGUUGCGUGAUGCUCUGUUACAUGAUCUCACUGACAGGGAGAGGUUGAUCGUAGAGUUUCUGAACACGGCUCGCUGGACCUCAAGGCUGGAAGAGGGCUUAACAGACAGGCGAACCAGAGCUAAUGCUCAUCCACAUCCUGCACCGCGCUUGCGAUUCCAAGGUUCCACAGAUGUGUCCAAUCGCACUUCUCGUCCCACUUCACCCCUUCGCCAUGGAGAUUCGCUUCAGGACACGUCGCGAGAUGGCACCUCAGCGCAGCCGGGCACCAGCGACCGCAGACACAACGCUAGACGUCAAGCUUCUGUAAUCCUAUCCCAGGACAACCCCGAAGCACGCAAUAGAACCCCGGAGGCGGGCAGCUCAAACAUAGAAACACAGCCAAGCAUUACACUCAGUUGGACUGCUUCGCCCUCCGAGAUACAGUCGAUCGUAUCCGACACUCGUCAGCGUGCUGCCGACUCGUCGAGUGAUCAUAGUUCCAGUGGUAACGAAACGGGCGUAGGAAGUCGGAAUUAUGGGACUUUAGGUCGCCCAUCCGCCACUUUUGACUAUUCCGCGACCCCUGUAGACUCAAUACCACGGCCAUGGGACCAUCAGCGAUCCCGUUCCGGGCACAGGCAUACAGAGAGACAGGACAACCCAGCUGGUACCCGACACGAACCUUUACGUAUAUCAAACACGGAACUAAGAACCAACGUGGCAACAGAACGCCUUCGACGACAAAGACAGGUUGUCAACGAAACACAUAAUCGAAACCACCCGCGGUAUCGACAGCAGAUAUUAGGCAUCGACAACACCCGCUCGCCUCGCUGGAUUAGAAGUAUCUUAAACGAGCUUCCAGACCGCAGUUUGGGAGUUGGGCAAAGAUAUCAGGAGCCAGGGACUGCUGCUGGAAUUGGGUGGGGUGCAGACGGCAGAACAUUGUACGUCGCGACUGUCGAUGGUAUAUUCGAAUACCAGCUUAACAUUGCGGACCGGAAAACAUUCCCCGUUGUUAAUUACCGCUAG